AAAAAAAAAAAAACAACUUUACUGACUACUGUUCAGGCCCAUCAUUGCAAAGUAGUAGUCCACUAUUUCACACAGAGUGAAUUCAAAGCAAAGCAGGCCCAUCAAUGAAGUCUUUGCCUAACAGUGGGAACUGCCAACUGUCAACGACAUCCUCUUCAACACUUUUACACAGAGGACAACAACAAUACCAAAAACUCUUCAAUUCUUCAUUCCACUCAUUCACUAACUAACCUAUUAUGAAUUUCUUCAAAUCCAUAUUAUCCGACGAACCGGAUCCUCAAAAGGAUGUUGUGAAUUGCGACCCGGAUCCGAAUUAUGAUAAACCCGAUUCACGAUCCGAUUCAACAUCCCCCGCCGCCGCCGACGCUGACGGUGAUGAUGCCGGUGGUCUUUGGACCUUCGGUGGUUUAUUCAAGACAAUUUCAACCCGAUCCGAAUCGGUACUGGAAACAUACCGCCGUGAUCUACAGGAAUUCGGAUCCGGGUUGAAAAAAGAAACGGAAUUGUUCCGUGAAGUAGCUACGCGUGCUGUUAAAGAUCUUCCUAAUUCAAUCGAUACGCUUCUCACAUCCGCAGAAACUGAAUCCGAAACCCCAGAUGCGAAUCGGAGAAACUUGAAUUCGGGACGGUACUGUCGUUUUGAAUCGCAAUUGAUGAAUAUCCAAUCUGACCCGAAUACCUUCUGUGCAGAUCCAGAGGAUAUGGAGGAGUUUAAGAAAUGGAAAUUAGGGUUUGAUUUGAAGGAAAAAGGAAAGGAAAUUGAGAAUUUGAUUGGACAAAAUGUAUCUUUGGAAGGUAUGUAUGGAAGGGUUGUGCCUAAUGAGGUUGAAAAUGAAACGUUCUGGUGUCGUUAUUUUUAUAAAGUGUAUAGGCUCAAGCAGCAAGAGAGUGUUAGAGCUAAAUUGGUGAAUAGAGCAAUGUCGAUAGAUGAUGAUGAAGAAUUGUCGUGGGAUGUCGAUGAUGAUGACGACAACAACAAUGAGCAAGAGGGGGAUGCUAAAUUAAAAGUUGAUGAACACGUGAAAGAGAAAGAGGGUUCUGUUGUUGAGAGAUCGGUUAAUGAUGUGAAGAAAUUGGAUUCGGGUGUGAAGGAAUCUGUUAGGCAAGAUUCGACUAAUGUUUCAAAGGAAGUACCUAAGCAAGAUUCAAUCAGUGUUGCAAAAGAAUUGCCUAUUAAUAAAAGUGAACCAAGCAAGGAGGAUUCGACCAAUGUUGUAAAACAAGCAACCCAUAGUGAUGAAUCAAAGAGUUUAAGCUCAGCUGCUAUUGAUAAGAAAGAAGAGAAUCCGUCUAAUGUAGAUGGUGGUGACAAGAGCCAGGUUGUGGAAUCAAGUGGGAGUAGCAAAGAUAGCAAGAAAGGAGACACUGAAGCUACUUCUACUUCUCAGGGUAAAAAGGAGGAAGGGGUCAUGAAAGGUUCAGAGGGGGAGGGGGAUAAGGAUGAAUCUGGCAAAGUCCCUAUUGGUUCGAGUCAGAAGACGGGGGCUGACGAGGAUGACUUGGAUUGGGCCGAGAUUGAAGAUAUUGAGGGAAAUGAUGACAAAAAGGCAACUUCUCAUGUUUCAAGCUCCAAUAGAGCUGAUUUGAGGAAGAGGCUUAGUGUUGAAGAGGAUGAUGAGGAUUUGAGUUGGGAUAUUGAAGAUGACGAUGAGCCUGCGAAAGCUUAGAUAUCAAUCAAACUUAAGAUAUGCAAAAAGCUGGAUGCCAAAGCAGUCAACGUACAACCGAAUUCAAGAAUUAAACUUUAAAGCUUGAAACCUAGUAAAGUAAGAUAAUGUUUAUUGUCUCGGGAAGUUUGUUUAAUUCCGCUUCAUGAUUUUCAUUCUUUAUAUUGAACUUUUAGUUUAAUAGUCACGAUUUCUAUGUCCAGCUGUUCAUUUAUAAAGUGAACAUAUUUUCGUGCCCUUUGUAUACUUUGGAAAUUUGAAUGAAAGGAAUGAUGUUAAUAGACAA